GCAGCAGUGACCCAGAAAUGAGUUCGAUUCACACAGUCCUUCCUCCUCCAUAACCAGCCCAACGCCCGUCCGAGAGUGCCUCCCCGCGCGAGCGCCGGGUGUGUGCGCGCCGGCGAACGCAGGGGCCCGCCCGGCUCCCUCCCCUCCCGCCGCGGCCCCAACUCGUGCGGCGGAGCCGGCGCCGGCGGAGCCUCCGCAGCAGGCCGCCUGCUGUUUCCCGGGGAGAUCAUGAAACGAGGUCGCCUUCCCAGCAGCAGUGAGGAUUCUGACGACAAUGGCAGCCUGUCCACCACUUGGUCCCAGAAUUCUCGGUCCCAGCACAGGAGAGGUUCCUGCUCCAGACAUGAAGAUCGGAAGCCUUCCGAGGUGUUUAGGACAGACCUGAUCACCGCCAUGAAGCUGCACGACUCCUACCAGCUGAACCCCGACGAGUACUACGUGCUGGCAGACCCCUGGAGACAGGAGUGGGAGAAGGGGGUCCAGGUGCCAGUCAGCCCUGGGACCAUCCCGCAGCCCGUGGCCAGGGUCGUGUCGGAAGAGAAGUCCCUCAUGUUCAUCAGGCCCAAGAAAUACAUCGUCUCCUCGGGCUCCGAGCCCCCGGAGCUGGGCUACGUGGACAUCCGUGCGCUGGCCGAUGGUGUGUGUCGGUACGACCUCAACGACAUGGACGCGGCGUGGCUGGAGCUGACCAACGAGGAGUUCAAGGAGAUGGGCAUGCCGGAGCUGGACGAGGGCACCAUGGAGAGGGUCCUGGAGGAGUUUGAGCAGCGCUGCUCCGACAACAUGAACCACGCCAUCGAGACGGAGGAGGGCCUGGGCAUCGAGUACGACGAGGACGUCGUGUGCGACGUCUGCCAGUCGCCGGACGGCGAGGACGGCAACGAGAUGGUGUUCUGUGACAAAUGCAACAUCUGCGUGCACCAGGCCUGCUACGGAAUCCUCAAGGUGCCCGAGGGCAGCUGGCUGUGCCGGACCUGUGCCCUGGGGGUGCAGCCCAAGUGCUUGCUGUGCCCCAAGAAGGGCGGAGCCAUGAAGCCCACCCGCAGCGGGACCAAGUGGGUCCAUGUCAGCUGUGCCCUGUGGAUCCCCGAGGUGAGCAUCGGCAGCCCCGAGAAGAUGGAGCCCAUCACCAAGGUGUCUCACAUCCCCAGCAGUCGGUGGGCGCUGGUGUGCAGCCUCUGCAACGAGAAGUUUGGGGCCUCCAUACAGUGCUCCGUGAAGAACUGCCGCACGGCCUUCCACGUGACCUGCGCUUUCGACCGGGGCCUGGAGAUGAAGACCAUCCUGGCGGAGAACGAUGAGGUCAAGUUCAAGUCCUACUGCCCGAAGCACAGCUCCCACAGGAAAGCCGAGGGGAGCCUCGCGGCGGGGGCCGCCCAGGAGAACGGGGGCCCCGAGCGCUCCCCCCGGAGCCCGCUGGAGCCCUUCGCCAGCCUGGAGCAGAAGCAGGAGGAGGCCCACCGCGUGAGCGUCCGGAAGCAGAAGCUGCAGCAGCUGGAGGACGCCUUCUACACCUUCGUCAACCUGCUGGACGUGGCCAGGGCCCUGCGGCUGCCCGAGGAGGUGGUGGACUUCCUGUACCAGUACUGGAAGCUGAAGAGGAAGGUCAACUUCAACAAGCCGCUCAUCACCCCAAAGAGAGACGAGGAGGACAAUCUGGCCAAGCGGGAGCAGGAUGUCUUGUUUAGGCGGCUGCAGCUGUUCACGCACCUGCGGCAGGACCUGGAGAGGGUUCGGAACCUCACUUACAUGGUGACCCGCAGGGAAAAGAUUAAGCGAUCUGUGUGCAAAGUCCAGGAACAGAUAUUCAAUCUUUACACUAAGCUCUUGGAGCAAGAAAGAGUUUCAGGUGUGCCUUCGCCCUCCUGCUCCGCCGCCUCCCUGGAGAGCAUGCUUCUGUUCAACAGCCCCUCCGUGGGCCCCGACGCGCCCCAGAUCGAGGACCUGAAGUGGCACUCGGCCUUCUUCCGGAAGCAGAUGGGCACCUCCCUGGGCCGCGCCCUGAAGAAGCCGCACCCGCGAGCCGCGGGCCAGGCCCCGCACCGGGCGGCGGGCGCCCCGCAGGGCUGGCUGGGCUUCGACAAGGCGGCCUUCGCCGACGCCCGGCUCCUGGCCGCCCCGCAGCGCAACGGCGCGCUGGCGCCGGACCCCGGGAGCAGGAGGGACCCCCGCUUUCCCUGCGACCCCGGCCAGGGGGACGGGAGGGACAGGCCUUUCCGACACAAGCCCCUCCGGGCCCCGGACGCGCCCCCGCGGCACCCGGACCCCGCGCCCCGGGCCGCCGCCGCCUCCGGCGCCCGGAGAGAGGGGCCGCCCAAGUGCAACGGCGCCCUGGCGCGGGGCAGCCAGCCCCCGCCCGCAGCCAAAGUGCCUACCACGCCCGCCAGCCCCGGGAAGAACUGGGGGGGCUUCCGGAUCCCAAAGAAGGGGGAGCGGCCGCCGCAGGAGGCGCCCGCCCCCGGGGCCGCCUGCCCCUGCCUGGGCCUGGGCCGCGGGCCCGCCAGGGAGAGGGCCAAGAGCAAGCCGAGGGCCGACCCCGAGAGCGACGGCUACGCCCCCGACGGCGAGAUGAGCGACUCGGAGGGCGAGGCCUCGGAGAAGAAGUGCAUCCCCGCCGCGGGCGGCGCCAUGGGCCGCAGGACAGACUUCAUCCGCAGGAGCAUCCUGGCCUCCUGAUGCCCGGCCCUGAGCCGCGCGCACACCGACUCGCUGUUCAGAUGUUUUGUCCCCCCCCCCCCCCCCCCAAGUCAUUUAUAAACCGCGAGGAGGGUGUGCUAUUUGCAACUGGUUGAGGAAACACGUAGGUUGCGACCGUGAGGCACGGCGGAGACUAGAAGCUUCAACACUAAGCUAAGAAUGAAUGAAUGAAGUGCAUUUUUUAAAGAGGGAGAGGCCUACGGAAGCCUCCUGAGUUUUUAUUGCUCUGUUUUCUUCCCAAAGCACAAACUCUUGGUCACCCGACUACACGGAGUCAGAUAUGGUUCUAGACACCCUCGCGUACCGUUGGCUAGCCUGUAACUUAUUUCCUGGACGGUGGCGGAUUGGAAACCAUGUUCUUGUUGCAUUGCAGUCUGCAGGCAGCAGCUCCGAGGAGCUCGAGGGGACUUCUGUGCAAAUGUCCCAGAUGGGAGAAGUGUUGAAGGUCACCCCUGGAGAAGCUUCGGGGGCUGGAAUAUGAGGGAAUGUGGCUCCUCGGCCUGCAACCCUGGGAGGGAGCGGGAUGGAGAGGCCUGGUGCAGAGCGAGGUCACUGGGAAGUUCUGUCUGUGGGAGAGGGCAGCUGAGGCCCAUUGACCAGUCCUCUUGACACUCUCUUCCCUAACUGCCGUCUGUGGGCCAGCCCGGGCGGGGUUCCCUAGCCACUGGCAAUCACUGGUCCGCUGGCCUCCAACAGUACAGUAGUCAUUCACGUUCAAGUGAUGAACUUUCAGACUCCAGUGACUCAUACUUCCCAGGGUCCCCAACUGGAACAGAUUCCUUAAGAACAAGGAAAAAAGGAAAAGAAAAAAAGAAAAAGGAAAAAAAAAGAAAAGAAAAGAAAAAAAAAAAGCGUGAAAUAGGCUAUAUUUUAGAAACAAUAGAAAGGCAAUAAGUUGUGAUAACCUCUUACCAUUGACCAAGUUUCUACAGGAAAGAGUUUUAAGUGUAGUAGGUUUUUUCUGGAGUCAGUUCUAGGCUCUGAUUCGAACUUGGACUUCCUAAUUGCAAAUGGCAAUAACUCGUAAGUUAUCAGCAAUAAUGAAUUUAGCAUUAAUUUGGGUACAAUGUUCUGUUUUCGCACUGACUGCGGUGCAUCUGUGUUAAGACAAUGGGUAGUGUUAAGGUCCUGUUCAUUUUCUUUGGAAUUCAGCGUAGUUGUGCAUCAAUCUUCAGAGAAGGAAAGUUUAAAUAGCGAAUAGACUUAGAAUUAUGGGCACUUGGAACAAGCCCAGCUUCCCCUAAAUCGCCCCUUAGUUUGCUGGUGUCGGUAUUCAGACUCCUGAUUCAUUUAUCCAUCUGUUUCCAUGUGGCAGGGACGUUCUGAUACUUGAUGAAUAAUGGUUUGAGUCCUGCGGUUCACUUUCAAGUCUUCCAGAGGAUUGUCAACACCAAACAAGGCUUAUUGAAUUCCAUCUUGCUAUGCAAGUUUUGUCAGAUGAUCAAAUAGUAGAUCAGCUGCAUCUCCAUUGUAUGUAUGACAUUCUCAGACCAAGUCUUAAGCUUUUUGAAUACAUUGUAGUAGCUGAUUCAGGAGAGGGGAAAGGAUGACCCAGGUUUAGAUGGACUAUUUUUGAGCUGAAAGGCUCCUUUUGAAAAAGACUGUUGUCCAGAUAAGCUGUUGCUGCAGAUAGAAGUUUCUUACAAAUCCAAGUUGUACUUUCACUCAUAGCCUAAUUGAAAAGGCAGACUUUGCAGAGGAGCAGAAACCUUUUGCUGAGCACAGAAGGUGGACUCUACCCGGUAACUUUUGGACUACAGUGACAGCUCUGGUGAGAGUUCGAGGAUGUGGAUUUGUCAAGCCAUAGAAAGAAAACCUAAAUUCUAGUAAGCGUAUGACCUCUCACCAUUUUAAGAGGUUCACAGAUUCAUUUGCACUAUUAGGAAUGCUAGUUUUGUGCAAAAAUAAUGCCUUACCUGUUUCCCCCCCACAUUUAGGUUGAAAAGCUUUCAAAUGUUUCAAGUUAUGCUGAACCAAAAAAAAACACACAAAACAAAAAACAAAAACAUAA